AUGCCGGUCGUGGCGCACCAGGGGCCCGUGCACCGCCCCCCCCCCCUUUUCCCGUCGCCUUGCGUGGCGAGCGGGGGGGGGGGGGGGGCGCGCGACCUGGGGAAGCGCGCGUCGCCCCCUCUUCCGCCUGCUCUGGCGCCCUGGGAGGCCGCGCGUCGGCCCCCGUACUCCUCCCCCCCCCCCUCAGCCGCCCCACCCCCCCCCCCCCUCCUCUCCGCCCUUUUCUCCUCUCCCUCCCCCUGCUGCGGGUGCAGCAGUGGGGGGGAGGGGAUCUGCCAUCCCCCUGGUGCGGAUGCGGCAGUGGGGGGAGGGGACCUGCAGCACCUGCCUACCCCCCCCGCCCCCUGCGGGUGCAGCAGUGGGGGAGGGUAUGGGGGUGGCGGGUGUGGCCAACCCGCCAGCCCUGCUGCGCCCCGCGCGCCCUGCUGCCCUGUGCGCCCCGUGCGCCUUGCUGCACUGCUGCCCUGUGCGCCCCGCGCGCCCUGCAGCCCUGUGCGCCCCGCGCGCCCUGCUGCCCUGCUGCCCUGGGGUGGGGUGUGA